AUGCCGUUGUCUUUAUUGGAUCAACAGAGAAAGCAAUUGGAACAAUUGAUGAAAAAGUCCUCAAAUUUGGUGCCAAUUGCUGGACUGCAAGAUGAAGCACAUGCAAAUGAUACGGAGACUCCAAUUGCAGAUGACACUACGGACAAGAAAGAUAAAUGUAAGUAA